UACAUUACCAUUAUUUGUCUUGCUUUCCACUUCCUAUCCAUUAUCGUGUCGGAAUAACAAGUCACGCAUUUUAAUUUGAAAAAAAGAAAGAUCUUAGAUAGUAUAUACUCCACUCCAUAUGUGACAUUCCGGCCGCCGGCCGUCCAAAACAGAGUAACUAGAAAAUGGCCGGAAUGGAUCGGUUCUACUACGGCGUGAGCAACACAUUGAUCGGCGUCCUGAACCUGAUCACGCUGGUGGCAUCGAUCCCGAUCAUCGGGGCCGGGCUGUGGAUGGCGAGGAGCAGCACCACCUGCGAGAAGUUCCUCCAGACCCCGCUCCUCGCCAUCGGGUUCAUCAUUCUCACCGUCUCGCUCGCGGGCUUCAUCGGCGCGUGCUUCCGCCUGACGUGGGUCCUCUGGCUCUACCUCCUCGUCAUGCUCUUCCUCAUCGCCGCCCUCAUGGGCGUGACCAUCUUCGGGUUCGUGGUCACGAGCCGCGGCGGAGGUGUGGCGGUUCCCGGCAAGGUGUACAAGGAGUACCGGCUGCCGAAUUACUCCGGGUGGCUGAGGAUGAAGGUUUCGGAUCCUCGUAAUUGGAUGCCCAUUAGGGGCUGCAUCUUGGGUUCAAACACUUGUGCGUCGAUUCUCAACUGGACGCCUUCUGACUAUCAAACCAAUGAUAUGUCACCUCUUCGGUCAGGGUGUUGCAAGCCACCAACUUCAUGCAACUACGGAGCAGCGUUGGAAACCCAGGACUCCGACUGCAAGCGGUGGAACAACGACCCGUCCUUUCUGUGCUACGACUGCGACUCCUGCAAAGCGGCGGUGCUGGAAGACAUGCGCAGAGAGUGGCAGAAGAUAUCUAUGCUCAACAUCAUCAUGGUCGUUGUCCUCAUCGUCGUCUACUCCGUCGGCUGUUGUGCUUUCGAGAAUGCCAAGAUUGCCGAUUCUGUCCAACGCUAUAACGCCCCCAACCAUCCCAUCUACAUCAAGCCUCGCUCCAGAUGGCCUGACUUAUACGGGAAAUUCCCUAUGUUCAGCGGUGGAGCGAGAUUACCAGCGUGGAGAAAGAUGCGCGACUGGAUAUUCUAGUCUAGUCUAGUCUAGAUAAUUAAUCAAUAAUAGAAAAAUUAAUUGUUACUUAAUUUUACGAUUUAGUCGCUACUUCUCGGCUCAUGUUGAUUUUGUUCAUCCAUAAAUUGAGCCAAAUCGUACGGUGGAUAUGUGUUGUUUCAUCAUCUGGCCAAUCAUUGUUAAUGGUUGGAUGCGGUUUCCUUCAGUUUUUCUCCGCAAUUUUUAGUGAUUUCAGUUUUCUUA